AGUUCACUCUCUUUACUCAUUUGCUGGGUCUGUUACGGUAGUCUCUGCAGAAUUCUUCUGGGAGAUUUAUUGCCGCUCAAAUUCGGCCAUUGGGAGGGGUGAGAGAGGAGAUGGGCUUUGUUUGGAGAGGUAGCCCAUAAUCUUCUCUUCUCUUUUUGACCAACUGGAAGAUGGAGCGGGCAAGAUUGAAUUUGAGAAUGCCUUGCUCUGGUUCAACCCCGUCAGAGGAAUCAGCGCUUGAUAUUGAGCGGAACUGUUGCAGCCACACUAAUCUGCCUUCGUUUAGCACGCCGGCACUUCAACCUUUUGCAUCUGCUGGACAGCAUUCUGAGAGCAACGCUGCAUACUUCUCCUGGCCAACUUCAAGUCGAUUAAAUGAUGCUGCCGAGGGAAGGGCAAACUAUUUUGCAAACCUACAAAAAGGGGUGCUACCUGAGAGCUUUGAUCAGUUGCCAAAAGGCCAACAAGCAAACACCUUGCUUGAGCUCAUGACCAUUAGGGCAUUCCAUAGCAAAAUCUUGAGAUGUUACAGUCUUGGCACAGCAAUUGGUUUUCGUAUUCGACGGGGCAUUUUGACAGAUAUUCCAGCAAUUCUUGUUUUUGUCUCCCGGAAAGUUCACAAGCAAUGGCUCAGCCCUAGUCAGUGUCUGCCUACUGCUCUAGAGGGGCCAGGAGGUGUUUGGUGUGAAGUUGACGUGGUGGAGUUUUCAUAUUUUGGUGCACCUGAGCCAGCUCCGAAGGAGCAGUUAUACACAGAGCUUGUGGAUGAUCUCCGUGGAAGUGAUCAUUGCAUUGCUUCAGGAUCUCAGGUAGCAAGUCAUGAAACCUAUGGGACUUUGGGUGCUAUUGUGAGGAGCCAGACAGGGAAUAGGCAAGUUGGUUUUCUCACAAACCGGCAUGUAGCAGUUGACUUGGAUUACCCUAAUCAGAAAAUGUUCCAUCCAUUGCCACCAACACUUGGACCUGGUAUAUAUCUUGGUGCAGUGGAGAGAGCUACUUCAUUUAUCACAGAUGAGCAAUGGUAUGGCAUCUUUGCUGGCAUAAAUCCAGAGACAUUUGUCAGAGCAGAUGGGGCGUUUAUUCCUUUUGCGGAUGAAUUUGACAUGUCCACUGUAACUACAUCAGUGAAAGGUGUAGGAGAGAUUGGACACGUGAAAAUUAUAGACUUGCAGUCUCCAAUCAAUAGCCUUAUUGGAAAGCAAGUGAUGAAGGUUGGAAGAAGUUCUGGCCUGACGACUGGAACGGUUUUGGCUUAUGCCCUCGAGUACAAUGAUGAAAAAGGGAUAUGCUUUUUAACUGAUUUUCUAGUUGUUGGUGAGAACCAACAGACAUUUGAUCUAGAAGGAGAUAGUGGAAGUCUAAUCAUAAUCGAGGGUGAAAACGGGGAGAAGCCUAGGCCAAUCGGCAUCAUAUGGGGUGGAACUGCUAACAGAGGCCGACUUAAGUUGAAAAUUGGUCAACCUCCCGAAAAUUGGACAAGCGGGGUUGAUCUCGGGCGCCUUCUCAAUCUCCUUGAACUCGAUCUGAUCACAACUAAUGAAGCACUAAAAGUGGCUGUGCAAGAACAAAGAGCUGCUUCGGCCACGGGCAUGGGGUCGACAGUGGGGGAUUCCUCACCUAUUGACGUGGUACUCCCGCAAGACAAGGUGGAACCCCUAGGCCUUCAUAUCCACAUCCCAUUGGAAGAUGUAGCAGCAGCAGCAGCAGUAGUUGAGAGCGAGUUGGAUUUAGAUGAGAAGUUGAAGAUGGGUGCAAAUGUGGAACAUCAAUUCAUCCCGAGCUUCACUAGACGACUGUCCCCGCUGCACAAAGAGGGCAGGGAGGCAACGGAGAAUCUGUCGGGGCUGAGAGCUGGCCCCGACGAGGAUAUUUGUGUAUCACUGCAGUUGGGCAAGGGCGACAACGAGCCCAAAAGGCGGCGAUCGGAAACUAGCACAUGAUGGAUGGAUGGAUGAAGUGGAUGGCUGGCUGGCUAGCUGGAGCUAAUUCCCAUUUUGUAACUGAAUCCUCACUCGUAGCAUUGCAUGAUGAUCUCUGUAGCUUUCUCAACCGUAUUGUAUGCUUAGAGGGAAUUCUAACCCUUUGUUUUCUCUUUCCAUGAUUUCACUGAGACGCUGCUGCUGCUGCUGCUGCUUACUUUUGAGUUCCCUCCCUGUAGUAAGUCUUAAGUUGUUUCUAAUCUUCUUAUACCUGCAUUGUAUCUAUGUACCUGACAUUUGCCCUUUGCUCCUUCUCCCAAGGCUCAAGGUGUAAAAUUAAUUUCCAAUUAAGUAGCUCGGUUUUGAUCCGGGCUGGAUUGACUCGACCCACCAAA